AUGGCGAUGAGCCCGGUGGUGCCGCGUGGCUGGGGCCGAACCCAGCGGCGGGACAGCAGGGAGCUGAGGCUGUGCAUCCUGCACCGCGAGUGCGGGUGCUGGCAUGGGGUCGAGCGCCCCGGCAGUGCCAGGUGCCCCCCCAGGACCAUGCGGGCUCUGAGCCGCUGCUCUCCCCACAGCCCAGCCCGGGGUGGCAGCAGCAUGGAGAGAGGGGCCCCGCAGCCCGCCCACUCCCCUGUGCCUCCGCGGCGCCGCCAGGCAGCAGUUGGAUCCGUCCAGGUCCUGCGCAUCCUGGAGCGGCGCGGCUGCAAGCCGGCCCCCGAUGACCUCAGCGCCGUGCGCAACAACACCUACCAGAUGCUGAACCUGCUGGCGGAGGACCGGCCACGGGGGGAGGCAGCCCGGGGGCCCAUCCUGGAGUUUGUGGCCUCGGAGAACCUGCUGGGGCGGCUCCUGUUCCUGAGCCUGCUGUGCUGGCACCUGCAGGGCGACUUCACCGAGGAGCGCAAGGUGGAGCAGCUGAAGCUCUACGAGAUGCUUAUCAGCCAGGCCCGGCAGCCCCUGCUGCGGCACAAGUCGGUGCUCACGCCGCUGCUGCGGCUGCUCAGCCUGUGUGCCGAGCCCACCUCCGCCCCGCUGGAGAACAGCCUCGUCCUGCUGCUCAACCAGCUCUGUGUCUCCGUGGCCAAGGAGCCCUCCAUCCUGGAGCUCUUCUUCCACAGCCACACGGACCAGGGCCCCGCCAACCUCAUCAUCUUCUCCCUCCUCAUCCCCUUCAUCCACCACGAGGGUGUCCUGGGGCAGCAGGCCAGGGAUGCGCUGCUGCUCAUCAUGGCGAUGUCCGCCAGCAACCACGCUGUGGCCAAGUCCAUCACUGACAACUCCUACUUCUGUCCGGUCCUGGCCACGGGCCUGAGUGCCCUGUACUCCUCCCUGCCCCGCAAGAUUGAGGUGCGGGGGGACGACUGGCACUUCCUGCGCCGCGAGGACUGGAUCGGUGUCUCCUCCCUCGUCCUCUUCAUGAACUCGCUGGAGUUCUGCAACGCCGUCAUCCAGGUCGCCCACCCCCUUGUGCAGAAGCAGCUGGUGGACUACGUCCACAACGGGUUCCUCGUGCCUGUCAUGGGGCCGGCGCUGCACAAGACCUCCAUCGAGGAGAUGAUUGCCAGCACAGCCUACCUGGACCUGUUCCUGCGCAGCGUCAGCGAGACGGCCCUGCUGAAAACCUUCCUGCGCUUCGUCCUGCUGCACCGCCACGACAACAGCACCAUCCUCGACACCCUCGUGGGCCGCAUCAACAGCAACUCCCGGCUCUGCAUGGUGUCCCUGAGCCUCUUCCGGACGCUGCUCAGCCUCAACUGCGAGGACGUCAUGCUCCAGCUGGUGCUCAGGUACCUGCUGCCCUGCAGCCACGUCAUGCUAAGCCAGAAGCGGGCAGUCAGGGACCUGGACAUCUACGGGAAGACAGCUGCCAAGUUCCUCUCCCUCAUCCCGCGGUGCUGCCGUCCCGAGAGCCUGCCACCACCUAACCGAGAGGAGGAGCACGCCGCCUGGUCCAAGGGCCACGGCAGCCCCAACGUGGACACCUCCUCGGUGGUGACGGUGCCGAAGCCCUCUACGCCCUCCCGGCUCUCCUUCUUCAUGCGGCAGCAGAGCGCGGCCCCCGAGGCGGCCGGCCCGGUGCCAUGCUCCCCUGGCCCCUUCGUCUCCGUGCUGUUUGGGAAGCUGGAGAACAUGCUGCACAACUCGCUCUAUGUCAACUUUCUGCUGACGGGGCUGGUGGCCCAGCUGGCCUGCUACCCCCAGCCCCUGCUGCGCUCCUUCCUCCUCAACACCAACAUGGUCUUCCAGCCCAGCGUCAAGUCCCUGCUGCAGAGGGCUGAGGGCGGUAUGGAGGGCUGGGGGCUGCCCCCUGCCUUGGCAAGGGGCCUCUCCCUGGGUGCUGGGGCCAGGGCUCCGGGCCGCCGGUGCAGGACUGACCCGGUCCCCGCAGUGAAGAGCCGGAAGCCGUCCAUCGGGGAGCUGAUCCUGCGGCACACCAACAGCCCGACGCGGGCGCGCCAGGCGGCACAGCUCGCCUUCCAGCACGUGCGGGACGGGCAGGUGCUGCAGGCGCUGGCUGGGGCCUCUCUCUUCCGUGGCUCGGCCGAGCGGCAGAGCGAGGCGCUGCGCGUCAAGAAUGCCGUCUACUGUGCCGUCAUCUUCAGCGAGUUCCUGAAGGAGCUGGCGGCCAUCGCCCAGGCCCACGCCGUCACCUCCCCCUUCCUGACCGAGCCCCCCGAGGAGUGACCCCCCCCGGCC